CCGUUCGUCCGCAACAGAACCAGAACGCAGCUCCUCGUCCGCGGCAGAACCGGAACGCGGCCCUCCGUCGACAGCAGAACCGGAACGCGGCCCUCCGUCGACAGCAGAACCGGAACGCGGCCCUCCGUCGACAGCAGAACCGGAACGCGGCCCUCCGUCGACAGCAGAACCGGAACGCGGCCCUCCGUCGACAGCAGAACAAGGGAAUGCAGCCGCUGCAGCCUGGUUCUGCUGUGCAGCCUCUG